GGAAGACAUUCAUCCACCAUCUACCCACCCUGACAGCACCCAAUAAACCCACCACUCCCAUUCAUCUCCACCCCUCCACCCUCUCCCCCUCCCGCGCUCUGUCCCUCUCUCCCCGGCUCUUGCCGACGAGCAUUUGUGACUUAAAAAACAACAUAGGUGAAUUGUGUCUGGUCGUUCAGGGGGAUUACAGAGUGUUACAGUCAUAUUUUACCAACACAAAAUUAGUCUUUCACACUUUUUAAAAGAUCCCCUUUUGAAGGCCCUGCUCCUGUGAUCUAUUUGGACCAGUUUCUCCAAGGGAAAGGUAAGACGACCAGUUUUGGAGAUGAUUUUCUUUAACUAUUAUGUGAUGUAACUGCAUUUGAUACAGUGACAGAUGAUUUAAAGGGAGAUCAAUAAUGCAAUAGUGGUCUCUUGGAACCGUGGUCUCAGCGAAAACCUGAGGUUUGAUUUUAGCGAUGCAGCACUUUGUACAUUAAACCCAUCUGCAUCUGUUUCAGGUUUCUGUCCUUUAGCGGUUGGCAGGUUUUUUUGACGGUGCGUCUCGCUUGGAAAGCAUAAAAUGGACUUUUGCGCACGGUAGCUCUACAAGAAUCAAAAGCAUGUCGGUCCAAAAAUUUAUUUUCGUUUUAAGCAACAGAGAAUAAUGUGAUAAUUUUCAGGUAUAGGCGAUAUAAACUGGCGCAGUAAUUGGAGUAAACUGUGACAUUUGGAAAGCAGCAAGGCGCGCGUAAAACGUGCCCAACUGUACCGAAAGCCAGACAACAAGUGUACCGCUAUUAAUAUGUGAACUCUUCGAUUAAUACCUUUCAGUCUACUUUUGUAUUUUUGUUACAACACAUGAUGGAGUGCCGCUGUCGUUGGUUUUCCUCUGCUAUGUGCGUCAGUUGGAGACGCUGAGGUAUGUCCGUGGUUUUCGUAGCAUUUACAGAACACUUCGAAAAAAUUAUCGUCUAUGGUCGCAGUAUUUUCAUCAAGCAGAAAUGUGCAAAUAGUUGAUUGUAUGUUUUACGUUGCAUGUACUGGUUGCAUGGACUUUAUCCUACUUUUGCAAUCCCUUUAAGUGGAAGCAAAGAAAACACACUGAACUCAGAAACACGCUCUGUUUGAAAUGUAAUUUGAAAAUAAAAUGGUUGUUUUCUUAAAGUGUACUUUACAGAAUAUUGUUUUAGACUGCUUCUUACAAUUUCGCCUAUGAAUAUUUCAUCUUUGAGGUUUGACUUGGAAAAAUCAAGGUUUCGUUUUGCAAGGUUUUACGUACAAAAGUCUUGGUAGAACUUUGGUGAAUUAACAUCUUGAAGUUGUUAGAUAUUUGUGAUAAGCGUGAAGUGCACCUGUGCUUAAAACAUCAAAUCUGAAAGCAUUGGGCAUCAAUUGGAUAUAUUGUACAAGGUGUGGUCACUAUCAACAUUAAACCAUGAAGAGAUAAAUGUAGUUGCUCUGAAAAAAAUCGUUAUCACAAAAAAAUGUGUGGAUUGUAAUGUGUUGAUCAUCAUCAGUAUUAUUGCUUUAUAUACGUAUUAAUUAUUUUCCAUGCAAUACAGAUGCUGUGAGGUCACGCUCAGUCUGGACUUAGACACAUUUUGAUUUUUAAAAAAUGGUGUUGCAUGAGAUGGGGCUUUUGUAUACUCAUUAUCCCUGAUGAAAGACAAAACAUUUCCUAAAAAUAUGUUUCUUCCUUUGUUUUAUCAAAGUUCUCUCCAUGAGUUUCCAGUCUGCGCGCAGUAGCACUUGAUCUCGGCAGAGGCGGACGAAAGGAAGAUGGCCAUCCACGCCGAGGGUCUCGUGGCUAUUGUGCUUUUCUAUGUCUUGAUUCUGUUUGUGGGGAUCUGGGCCGCGUGGAAGAAUAAGAACUCUGGAGUUGGCGAUGGAGGAGACCGGAGCGAGAGUAUCAUGGUCGGGGGAAGGGACAUUGGACUGUUCGUUGGUGGAUUCACAAUGACAGCCACCUGGGUGGGUGGGGGCUACAUCAAUGGGACUGCAGAAUAUGUCUACCUGCCAGACUACGGCCUCGCCUGGGCACAGGCACCCUUUGGUUACGCUCUCAGCCUCGUAGUAGGUGGCCUUUUCUUUGCCAAACCCAUGCGGUCACGUGGAUACGUCACCAUGCUGGAUCCCUUCCAGAAUCUGUAUGGAAAAAGAAUGGGCGGGCUGCUCUUCAUCCCGGCACUUAUGGGAGAAAUCUUCUGGUCUGCAGCCAUUUUAUCUGCCUUGGGUGCCACUCUGAGUGUGAUCGUGGACAUAAACAUCAACAUGUCAGUGGUGAUCUCAGCACUAAUAGCUAUCUUCUACACCCUUGUUGGAGGACUUUACUCUGUCGCUUACACAGAUGUGGUUCAACUCUUCUGUAUCUUUCUGGGCUUGUGGAUCAGUGUGCCUUUUGCGCUGUCCAAUCCUGCCGUGUCAGACAUCAGUGUUUCAGCCAAGAAAGCAAUCUAUCAGUCUCCCUGGCUGGGGAAGAUUGAGCCUAAAGACAAAUGGCUCUGGGCAGACAACUUCUUAUUGCUGAUGUUGGGGGGGAUUCCCUGGCAGGUCUAUUUUCAACGGGUUCUUUCUGCCUCUUCAGCUACCUACGCUCAGGUCCUUUCCUUCCUUGCUGCCUUUGGUUGCUUGGUCAUGGCCGUCCCAUCGGUCCUCAUAGGAGCUAUAGGGGCUUCCACUGACUGGAACCAAACCACUUACGGUUCCCUUCCUCCAAAGGAUAAGGAUGAAUCAGACAUGAUCCUUCCCAUAGUGCUCCAGCACCUCUGCCCUCCCUACGUCUCUUUCUUCGGUCUGGGGGCAGUGUCGGCUGCGGUCAUGUCAUCAGCGGACUCAUCCAUACUCUCAGCCAGCUCCAUGUUUGCCAGGAACAUCUAUCAGCUCGCCUUUCGCCAGUCGGCCUCAGAUGCUGAGAUUGUUUGGGUGAUGCGCCUCACCAUCUUUGUAUUUGGAGCUCUGGCUACUGCUAUGGCAUUGUUAACAGGAUCAGUAUACGGUCUGUGGUACCUGAGCUCUGACUUGGUCUACGUUAUCAUUUUCCCCCAGCUGCUCAGUGUGUUAUUCGUCAAGGGCACCAAUACUUAUGGUUCUGUGGCUGGUUACAUCUUUGGUCUUUUGCUGCGCAUUGGUGGAGGGGAGCCCUACCUCAAACUCCCUCCAUUCAUCUACUACCCAGGCUGGGUGACCCAAGAGAAGAUCCACCACCUCACUGGAGAUGUAGAGUACUUUAUCAUGCAGAGGUUCCCCUUCAAAUCUAUGUCCAUGGUGGCAUCCUUCCUGGCAAAUGUGGUCUUUUCUUAUCUGACAAAGUACCUAUUUGAAAGCGGUAUGCUGUCCCACAAGUACGACUUCCUGAAUGCUGUGGUGUCCAGGCAUAGCAAGGAGAUCAUGGACAAGACUACACUGGUAAGCAACCAUGAUAACAUAAUUCUUUCAGAGAUGGCUCCUGUCAGGCAGACCCUGGGACUUGCUGGGACCUUCACCAAUGUCGAGGCCCUCAGUGAUGACGGGGCGUCUAGUCCAGAGGCUUUUCAUGCUGACAACUAGUUAACAAAGGCACAAAGAAAACUAGAACCAAGGAAUGUGAAGAAGAAGGAAUAGUCAAAGAGGCGUCAACAUUCUUCAGGAAACUUGCUACUGCCACACUGGGAGCCAAAAUCAACUGAAAUCUGCUGUGGCUCUCAAGUGACUCCACAAGUUUUGUUUUAGGAUGGUGAGGAGGUGCUUCCUUCUUUUUUGAGAUUCCUUGUCGAGAAACGGGAGACAAACUGAGUCUUAAUCAUCUGUGCAAAGCGUAUCAUACUUGUGUUUUCUUAUCAUGACUCCGUGAAUCUACAGCCACUACAGCCAUUUUAAUUUAAGUGCUGCUUCAGCGAUCGGAGGAAAUGGACAUACAGCGGGCCUAAGUCUACAUGGAUCAGGAGAAUAGUGCAAUAUCAAACCAAGGAACUGUGUACUGUCUACAAAGCAUCUUUUUCAGACUUUGAGUUUUAAAUUUGCAUAGCGUAAAUUUAUUGAUAGAGCAAUAAUAUUUUUAGGAUCUACUUUGUACAGAUAAGUACAUUAUAAUGAAUUUGCAGGUUACAGUCUUUGGUUUUCACUUGAAGAAAAGCAGAUUUUUGCAUUCUGAGUUUUGUGUAUCCACCUUGCUCUUAAUCUUCCUCAUGCAGUCACCAAUUCCAGACACAGUAGAUGUUAAAUUGAAAACUACACACCUCCACCAUGAGAUUAGCAAAACCCUUGACUUGCCAAACAGAGGAAAACCCCUGAUAAUUGAUAUUGGAUGAUUAAACAAAAUCCCAGACUGAAUUCAGUAACAAGAUUUUUGUAACAUUCACUGCCAACAUUUAUCAGAUUAAUUAUUCCUACCCUAUUCACAAAUUGCAACUCCAGUGUGGCUGUUGUAUCAUCAAGAUUAAACCAAACAAAAUUGAUUCUUGGGCUCCACGUUGGCAACGCAACAAGCUGAGAACACAAAAAUGAGGACAGCAUGGCAAACGUGUGAGUAAAAUAAAAAGAUUGUGUAAACAUUGAGCAGAUAUGGAGCAACGUUUGCAUUCAUUUGAAAUUGUGCAUCCAUCUGAUUACGAUAAGUCCAGUAGGCAAUUUCUUUUAGCACUCCUUUGGUCUCCGCCGGUUCCUGGGGGAACUAUCCUGUUCUUUAGCUACUAAAUGCUCAUACUUAAGUUGCCAUGAAUUUUGGCAGGUAGUGUACAGUAGCUUUAUCAGGGGUUUCCAGUCCUCAUUCAUGAAAGUUGCUGAGAUAGUUGUGGUGAGAGAGUAAAGUUGUCAGAAAACCAUUUGCCAAACUUCCAAAACAAUGCUGUGUGCUGGACUAAAUAUACUUGCUGGAUUUCAGUGUAAAAGGCUAUAUUUUUAUCAGCUAAAAACUCAGAAAAGAGCUGUUAAAAUGUACAAUGGAACUGACACAGUGCCAAGAAUUCCUCGAUGGUUCUGCCUCUUGUACGAAAUUGUAAUGUUAAGAUAGCACCGUUGACAAGACAAACCAGUUAAGCUUGAGUGUUCAGUUCUGUUUGAUUUCAUUUCGACAUCCUUGGUCUAUGACACAGUUAUAGUUCAGUCAAACUAACUGACAGAGUUGUUCAGGGGAUUUCGGUCCGCGUGUUUGGUGUGCACCAAGGUUCAGCUGGCAGCAUUCACACUUGUUUAAAUAAACCCCAUAAUCAAAGCAAGAGUUCAAACCUGAGUGUGAACGCACCCUAAGUCUCCUUGUAGAGCAGGAAGGAGCUGCAGAGUUGGGUGAUAAUUAUCUGUAGUCAUUGUUCUUUAAUCAAAUGUUUGAUACAAAUAUCGAUCAGAGCAUCUUAAGGAAAGGUGUUGCUUAAAGUUAAACAUAUUGUGUUAUCAUGAGCUUUUGCCACUGAAGGUUUGCACUGAAUGAAGUAUAUGUACUGAAGAACUGUGUUGGAUGAAUGAAAUCUCAUAGGGACUUCAGCUUUUAUGACACACCACCCUGAUGUAGUUGAGUUUAAAUAUCCAAUACAAACAAACCAUAGAUUUUCUUAGACUUUCAAAAGUUUUUCUUUAUGUUUGUUGUGUACCUUCCAGGCAGCCAUUUGCUUCCAUUUAUUUCCAAGCAAUAUGGAUGUCAAUGGAUGCAAUCUUUGUUUCUGUCAAACUCAAGGUGGCAAAAUAUCUUCAGAUUACUGCACUUUUACAACUACAUUACAACUUAAUUACUCUGACAACAAUGAAAGCACCCAUGACUUUCGUUUGGCAAGCAGGUUUCACAAAAGAAUGGAAACUAAUAGCUGCCUGCAAUACAUAGGAACUAUGAAAAAUCUAGAAUAUAGAGAACAUGACAGGAAGCUUUGAAAGUGAUCAGUGCAGAACGUGGUAUGUCAAUGAUAUCUUGGUCCUUUAGCAUGAUCUAAUAGAAGCUAUUUUGAAAUAUGUCUGUGUGUAUGUGUGUGUUUGUGUCUAUGAUGGUUUGUUUGCUCAUCCUAAAGCUGUAUUGACUGGCCAGCCACAGCAGGUUAGCGGAGACAGGAAAUGAUUGUUCCUCCCAGGAUGGUGUUAGUAGCACUGGCCAUUAUUGAUCCGGUCCCCAGUCGAUUAGCCCUCAGGACAUUUGAUUAAUGCUGCACAGAGUUUCCAAAUGAUGGUUUAUAAGGGUUUGUUACAGUGUGUUAUACACAGAGAUGAAAGUUGAACUGUUGUUACUGACUGAGCACCAUCAUACAUUUUCCAACAUUAGUUCUUAGACUGUCACACGUCUGAGUGUGGAAACUACCAGACACACUGCUGCCCUGCAUUAGGAAAAUCAAGUAAAGGAGUUGUCACUUUAUACUGUGAUUUUUGGCAUUGUUAAGUGUUACUAUUGUCCAGUUGACUUCAUCGUGUUUAUCUCUCCUCAGCAUUGUUGUGGUUUGUUGGUGUCUUUUUGAAUCUAUGGACUUGCCUUAAAUCAAAUGUCAGUGGUGGAAAAAUGAGCAGGUUAUGAACACAGUUGCAAAAGUGACAAAUAUUUUUUUGCUGUAAGAUAAGGCUGGUAAUAUUUUAGAUUCCAUUUAUUGUCAAUAAUUACUACCAAUUAAGACCAAAACGAACAAUGCUUUAAUCUGUCUGUAUUCUAAGAGUUCUAUACCCUAUCAACUGUGAACAUGUUUGAUAUAUUCCAGAAAAUUUAAAUCUUGGGAAGGUUAUUAGAGUAUGUGGUCUCAUUUUCACAGUUUCAAGAAAAUGUUAUGAGUAAAUGGUGCAUUUGUUGUGGCCUUUUUCUUUCUGCUGAUUAAUACACAUGUUGAGAAUUCAGUGGGAUGGCAUAAGUAAGAAACCAAACCAUAGUGUUGGCAUUCUUUGUCAAAAAAAAGGGAGAAUGUCAUGAAAUGGACCUAUCUUUUGUAUGUUUGCUCUCCUCUGUGGCUUCAGAGAGACUUGUUAUAGGAUCCUGUCAUUCAUGAUUUUGGUCUUUUUUGGGGAUUUGGUAACGAUAUGAAAAAUCUAGAAUAAAUCUAACCGAAAUCCUUAAAUGAAGCAGCAUGGCCUUGUAGUUAGUGUUUACCAGAGCUAGAGAGAGAAGGGGAUUUGAUCUAUGUAGCCAUAUCUGCUAGGUACUGUAAGACACUAAAUCCUGACCUGACCUGACCCUCCCCCGCUGUGGGAUCGAUGAUAUACCGCCAAAAUUACUUAAGCUUCACACAGAACAGAAUGACUGCUGGUCUGAUAAUAUGCAAAGUGUUAGGCAACCUCACUGGAGUUAAAUGUGAAUGUAAACGUUCCUCCUUGUUGCAGUAGCUGAGUGUGUCAUAGCCAAGGUUCAUCCACCGACCUGAACACACACACAGAAAAGAAUCAGUGUCGGCUGUUGCACUGACACAUUUGUGGCUCUGUGUCGUAAAUAACAAUGAUGCUGUAUUUUUGUGUGAUAAAUGUAUAUACCAAAAAACAAAAACAUAGGAACAAAUUAGUCUACUUUUAAAUGCAGCAUUGGAAAUGGUGUUUGUUGACAGUGAAAUCACGGCUAUUUAUUUAUUCAUGCAGUGUCUAUAAGAGUAUAGUUGUAAACAUGUGAGGUCAGUUGAAUAAAUUAUAUUAAUUUA